AUGGUUGCAGUGCGUGUGUUCUCAGAAAGGACUGCUUUAACCCAUCAAUUGGGGGAGUUCAUUGUCAGGAAGCAAGACGAAGCGUUGCUAAAGAAUCCAUACUUUAAAGUCUCCAUUAGCGGUGGCUCUUUGAUCAAUGCUCUGUACGACUGCCUGGUGGCCGACAAAACGCUAGCUCCUAAGGUAGAAUGGACCAAAUGGCAGGUGUACUUCUCCGAUGAGAGAAUCGUGCCCUUAACGCACAAUGAUAGUAACUAUGGUACAUUCAAGAAAGACGUGCUAGACAAAUUGCCCUCGGCUGUUCAAGUCAGUGUCCACCAUAUGGACGAUUCAUUGCCCUUGGAUGGUGACGCUCAAUCUAACAACAAAAUCGCUGCAGAGUACGAACAGAUCUUGCCCGAGUCCCUCGACUUGGUUCUAUUGGGCUGUGGUCCCGAUGGACACACCUGCUCUUUGUUCCCGGGUGAAAAACACCAGUAUUUGCUAAGGGAAACUACCAAGAGAGUUGCUUGGUGUCACGAUUCCCCUAAGCCUCCAAGUGACAGAAUCACUUUCACCUUGCCCGUGCUCAAGGAGGCCGGGGCCUUAUGUUUUGUGGCGGAAGGCAGCUCCAAGCAAGAUAUAAUGCACGACAUUUUUGAUUUGAAAAACGAACAAUUACCGACAGUAUUAAUUAAUAAACUGUACGGCGGAAAAACGUCUUGGUUUGUCAAUGACGAAGCUUUUGCAAAAGUCCAAACGCAAACUUUUUAG